UUGUCAAUCGCACUUUUAAUUUUUAGAUUUCGUUUCGCAACUCCCUCUCCCAAGAGAUUUUAGAAAAUUCUAGAAAGCCGAUGCGUCGGUCCACCUUUCUCUGUGCGCGAUGAAUUGCGAUUAAAGGAAGGAAAGGAACCCUGAAAAGCCCCUUUCCCCUCUCGCAGCUCUCUCCACAACCUCCAUCUGUGAUUCUGCCUCUCGUCCCUUCUGGAUCCGCUUGAACUAUGGCGUCCAAACGCAUUCUGAAGGAGCUCAAGGAUCUUCAGAAGGAUCCUCCUACCUCCUGCAGUGCCGGUCCGGCGGCAGAAGACAUGUUUCAUUGGCAGGCAACGAUCAUGGGACCUUCUGAUAGCCCUUAUGCCGGCGGCGUCUUCUUAAUCUCUAUUCAUUUUCCUCCUGAUUAUCCCUUCAAGCCGCCAAAGGUUGCAUUUAGGACGAAAGUGUUCCACCCGAAUGUCAAUAGCAACGGGAGUAUAUGCCUGGAUAUUCUCAAAGAACAAUGGAGUCCUGCUCUAACGAUAUCCAAUGUUCUUCUGUCCAUAUGCUCGUUGUUGACAGAUCCGAAUCCAGACGACCCUCUUGUGCCUGAGAUUGCUCACAUGUACAAGACCGAUAGAGCGAAGUAUGAGACCACUGCUCGGAGCUGGACGCAGAAGUAUGCAAUGGGUUAGAAGUUAAACCCAUCUUGGAGAAAUUGUAAGAAAUUUGAGAGCUGCUACAAUGGUGUGAUGAACUGUGAAUAUUUAUAACAUAAUGGCUUCGAAGACAAAAAAAAACCAUGAAGCCAAAGGUUGUUGUCUGUCUGCUGUUUGCUGUGGCGUGUGCCAGAGAAUGAUGUACCACAUUAUUCUUGUUGAGAAUUUUAUGAAACGCGUUCGUAUU